AUGGGUAACGUCACACCAAGUAUUGGAGGUUCCUGGAGAGAGGGAAGUGGUAGAAUUUGGCAGUCAACACAAAAUGGAAAUUCCUUUCAAUGGAUUCAACAGGGAACCAAUAGAAUGGCCACAGGUACACUGGUCUCAACUAAGGUAUCACCAACAAGUGUAAGUGAUUGGGCAAUUCACAUUACAUUUGAUGGAAAUGUGCAUUGGAGACUCACUUCUAGCCCAGAUGGAAAUACAUUGUACGGAAUGGGUGAUAACUUUUAUAGAGCUUCAAGUAGUGCCAACUUUUCCCAACCAAGUGUCUAUAAUGUUAAUGGAUUGAAUCAUGGAAUGGUGGCCUCUUCCGUAAUGAAUCAACAAAAUGUCAAUACUACUUAUACUGAAAAUUCUGGCAAAUCCUGGACCAUCACUUCUUGUCCACAUGCUGGAUAUUUCACGAUGAGAAAUCAACAAGAUGGAAGAAGUGCAGAAUUCUAUGUUAUCAAAGAUAUCUCCUCGAAUAAGCAUACCAUGUAUAUUCAAUUCCAAGGAACUCAACAUCCUUUGAGAGCUGAAACAUAUGAUAUGAACAAUAUUCCACUUUCAAAUGGUGAUGUUUUCAGAUGCACCAUGCAAUCCAUGCAACCAACUACUGUGAAUACUGGAUAUGGUGUUUCUAUUGGAAAUUCUGGUAUUAGUGUUUCAUUUACAACUCCAAGCACUAUUAUUCCCCCAACCUAUAAUCCACCAAUGAAUCCAAAUUAUCCACCUCAACAACCUUUUAGCCAACCUCAACCAUUUACUCCUCCACAACCAUUCGGUCGACCACAGCCAUUUGGACAACCACAACCAUUCUCUCAACCACAACCAUAUGGUCAACCUCAAGUUUAUAUGCAAACAACGCCAGUUACAUCGAGCUCACUUGCCAAUACAAUAAUUACUGCUUGUCAAGGAAAGAGUUUUGAUAGUGACAAGAUGAAGAUUCUUGUAACAUACUCCACAUCUCAAAUUUCUCCAAUGGGUAAUAGUGAUCUUAUCAGAAUUAUUUCAUUAUUCAAUUUUGAAUCUGAUAAGGUAAAAGCCGUUCAACAAUUGAAGAAGACCAAUAAUAUUGCAACAAUGGAUUGCUCUUCGACAUGUUUACUUGUAAGAUCAUUUGCACACGAUAAUAAUAAGGACACUAUCAUUCGUGACUUGUGCCCAUUCAUUUGGGAUCGUAGACAAAAUUGUGAAACCCUUGUCUCUUGUUUAUCCUUUGCCUCUAGCCAAAAUCGUCUCAGAGAUUUCAUUUUGAAAAAUUAA